UUUCCUCACUAAAACGACGCCGCUUAACCUGAGAAAUUAAACGACGUCGGUUCGGAAGAUCAAAACUGAAAAUGGCUUGAAGCUCGACCUCUUCCUUCCUCCCCUGACUCGUGAUCGCUAAGCCACCACACAGAUCGGACUCUUCUCUUUUCUCUCAAUCAUUCAAUCUUUUGCAAUGAAGAUAUUAUAUCUUCUCCUAAUUUCCUCACUCCUCUUCUCAUGUUCUAGGGCUGAAUCUACCGGAUCCGUUUUCUUCAUCGAUAGUUCAACUCAUCAAUUUCUUCGCACUCAAUCCUCCGACGAUGUCUCUCAGUCAGAGUCAAUGUUGUUACCUGAAGUUGGUGCGGCCGUAUCAGUUUUGCUUGGUUUUGCACCACCCAUUACGCUUUCAGCUGCUGGUUCAUCUAAGCUAAAUGAGGUUCUCAUUCCUAAUCCAUUUGAUAGACCUCGUGCUGUUUUUAUGCUUGAAGUCAGUGGAAUUGAUGAUCCUCUUGUUGUUGACCCCAAGAAUGCUCUCUUCAGCAAAGCCUUGAAGAGUAGUGUUGAUCUUGGUUUAAAUGAAGCGGACAUUCAGCUUCCAGAUGAAGAGGAAGUAUCUGUUAUUUCUUUGGACGAGCCUCUUGGGGAUUACACUGAAGAAGAGAUCAACGACUUUGGAUCUUGGUUGGGUGGAUCAUAUGUCAAUGAUGCUACAGAAACUCUGCAUGGAGUGUUGACAAUUCCCUUGGCAAAUGGUGACAAUGUGAAUCUUCAUAUGUCAAAGAAAGUCCACAGGGAAUUUGCAUUGAAACUGCUUGCUCUGUCUCACAAUAUAAGGAAAGCAAUAGAGAUUCAUGAAGAUUUGUCACAGACUUUGCAUAGACCUGCAGAGUUAAUAAUGGGUUAUUUUGAUGGAAUUAAGGCUUUGCAGGAGCACGACUACACUGUCAGUUUUGAUAAGCAAGGAAUGAGGCUUCUUCUUGCCACACUUUCCAAGAUAUUUGAUUCACUGCAGACUGCAUAUGAAGGUCAAAUUGUUGGAGUCAUUGUCUUCAAGGGGGUACCUCAGCCAGAACCAAAAACAUCGAUGAAUGUGGUGAUUACCUCUCGGCCAUCUCCACGUUGGUUGGCAGAAACAAAAAGCUCACCUAAUACCACCCUUGCUGCACAAGUUUUGGUUAGAAGGACCCUUGCUUGGGUAACUGGAGUUGUUCUUCUCAUUGCAACUCUCUUGGGGGUUUACUUCCUUCUCAAUAUGCCACUGACAAGGGACACACUUUUAUAUUCUAAUGUCAAGCUAGACUAAGCUGAAAUAAUGCAAAAAAUAAUGAAUAUUUGAACUCUUGGAAGCGGCCCUGUAUGAUUUAUCUUUUAUUAGUGGGAAAUUCAGGGAUAUCUUAUUAUCUAUGAAGCUGUUUCAUUCCUUGGUUAUUCAAUGACAUUGUAUAGGUUAAUCCGGCGAACCAAAUGCUCUAUUUUCUUAGGCAUUAGUAGCUUCAUCAAGUAGAAAUUAGGCUAUUUUCGGGUACCAUUUGGCCAAGAGAGUGCAAUUGAGAGAGGAAGAUUGAGCUUUAUGAUUGUAUCUAUAUGGUGUUCAAGGGUAGCUUGUCUUUAUCCAUAUGAUUUUAAGUAGAUUUGCCUUGUGUAUUCAGUUGUCAAUGUUUGUUUAUGUCACUUCAUAAACUGAUAUGUAUUUUGAAACUCCGAAUAAUGAAAAUUUCUCAUCAAUCAUGGAACAUUGGUGUAGAAAAUGAGCAUCGUGAACAAA